GAAUCCUAUAAAUGCUCUCAACGUUUGCUCGGGACGAAGAAGUCAGAACUCUAUCUCGGGACGCCGAAGCUCCCGCGAGACAUGCGUUCGUUUUGACUCGCCCUCUUCGCUCAGUUGAUUGUGUUAACAAGAGCACAUUCCUAAAAUUAGUGAGAUGUGGAAGCUGCUGUGGACUGCCACCCUCGUGGCGGCACUAUCCACGUGCAAUGCAAAGCAUAUUGAAAGGGAUAAACGAGCGAUAGAGAAUUAUCCAAUACCCCAAAGAGCAUUCGAUGGAUAUCACUAUCAGACACCGAGCAAGCCUUUCCCUUUACCUUCUACUAAAAGUACUUCAACGACAACGCCGUACCCAAAACGACCAUAUGAGCUAAUUACAUCAACAACGACACCAUAUCCAACUACGACAAAAUUAACUACACCGAGGGUGAUAACCACACCACCAAUUAAUCCAACGACAUCUCAUCCAGGAUAUCCAAAAUCAACACCAACGAUUCCUUUCACACUACCACCAAAAACACCAUCCAGGCCACCAUAUCAACCCCCACAAACACCAAGCAGACCACCAUAUCAACCACCACAAACGCCAUCCAUACCCCCAUAUCAACCUCCCCAGACCCCAACCAGACCACCAUAUCAACCCCCACAGACACCAUCCAGACCACCAUAUCAACCCCCACAGACACCAUCUAGACCACCAUAUCAACCACCACAGACACCAUCCAGACCUCCAUAUCAACCUCCACAAACGCCAUCUAUACCCCCAUAUCAACCUCCACAGACUCCAACCAGGCCACCAUACCAACCCCCACAGACACCAUCCAGACCACCAUAUCAACCACCACAGACACCAUCCAGACCUCCAUAUCAACCCCCACAAACGCCAUCUAUACCCCCAUACCAACCUCCACAGACUCCAUCCAGGCCACCAUAUCAACCCCCACAGACACCAUCCAAACCACCAUAUCAACCACCACAGACACCAUCCAGACCUCCAUAUCAACCCCCACAAACGCCAUCUAUACCCCCAUACCAACCCCCACAAACGCCAUCUAUACCCCCAUAUCAACCCCCACAGACACCAUCCAGACCUCCAUAUCAACCCCCACAAACGCCAUCUAUACCCCCAUACCAACCUCCACAGACUCCAUCCAGGCCACCAUAUCAACCCCCACAGACACCAUCCAAACCACCAUAUCAACCACCACAGACACCAUCCAGACCUCCAUAUCAACCCCCACAAACGCCAUCUAUACCCCCAUACCAACCCCCACAAACGCCAUCUAUACCCCCAUAUCAACCUCCACUGACUCCAAUCAGGCCACCAUAUCAACCCCCACAGACACAAUCCAGACCACCGUACGAAACAACAGUCCAUCCAGGAUAUUCUAAAUCGACGCCAAAGAUACCUUUCCCAUUGCCAACUAAAACACCGAAACCACCUACAUCAGAACAACCUUCUACGAGACAACCUGUACCGCCUCCAACUAAACCGACCUACAUCCCUCCACCAACCCAGCCGCCUACUAGACCAACGCGGCCAAUUUAUUUACCUCCAAUAUCAGAACAUACUAGACCAACUUCAUAUCAACCACCAACGCUGCCUCCUACUAGACCAACUUCAUAUCGACCACCAACGCUGCCUUCUACUAGACCAACUUCAUAUCGACCACCAACGCUGCCUUCUACUAGACCAACUUCAUAUCGACCACCAACGCUGCCUUCUACUAGACCAACUUCAUAUCAACCACCAACGCUGCCUUCUACUAGACCAACUUCAUAUCAACCACCAACGCUGCCUUCUACUAGACCAACUUCAUAUCAACCACCAACGCUGCCUUCUACUAGACCAACUUCAUAUCAACCACCAACGCUGCCUUCUACUAGACCAACUUCAUAUCACACACCUUCUACUAGAUCACCAUCAAAGUUUCCUACUAAACCAACAUCAACGUCUCCUACUAAACCAACCUAUCUACCUCCUAAAACAACAUAUAAACCUACACCAACACCCACUAAACCACCUCCACCAUUAACAACGAGAUCUACUUACAAACCACCAACCUAUCUUCCACCAGAAACUACCACGAUACGUCCAAUCAUAACUACUCAAUCUACAACAAGAUUUACAACACAGCCGACUUUUCCUACAACCAGAACAACACAACCCUCAUCCUAUCUUCCACCGAUAUCUACGAAAUCAACGACAACAUCAAUUUAUACCUUUGAAACGAAAACCCCAUACGUUUCAAUCAAAACAACGCCAAAACCAACAACAAGGGCAACUUAUCUUCCACCGGAUACUACUAAGCAUAUAUCUACGAUAACAACGCCAUCUACGCCAAUUUAUACUCCGUCUGUUAUAACCGUGACGCCAACUCCGUCCAUUUCAACAAAAAGCACAACAUAUGGCACUAGGCCUUCUCCUUAUUUACCACCAUCAUCCCCAAGGCCGACCUAUAUCACUAAAACCCCACCUCCUUAUCCUACACCGAUUUACAGCAUAACGCCUAGCACAACAACGUACAAAACCCCAACGGGAAUUAUAGGACCUAGUCCUACUCUACCACCGGUAACCCAUAGACCAACGGGUUACAUUUAUCCGAUUCCAGAUAUCCCCUUUGAAUUUCGUAAACGAUGAUCAAAAUUAAAAUUCGUGUACGAUUUAGUCUGAACUAAAUGUAACAAACUAAAAAAAUUUAUCUACAAUUUUUUUGUUUGCCUUCCUUUUAUUUUUACACAUUUAUACGUAACAGGAAAUUACAUGUUAAUUGCCGUUUAUUUAAGAAAUCAUGCAGUCAGCGAAGUUUCUUCUUCGUGUAAAAUAAAUUUAUAGGAAUAUUGUCGAGUUACCAUCCAUGCUAGAAUUUAGAAGAAAUUUAAGCAGCAUAUAGAGCGUAAUGAUUUGUAAAAAGCUAAUAAAUAUUUUUCUUUCUUUUU